AAGAGGAAGAGCAAGCUACAUUUCAUUGUGAAGUCAUUUUCUUCCCUGGCAAGGGAAUUUCUUUUAUGCUUGGGAAUCUCUACUUGUUAACUUAAUGAGAUCUUGCCAAGGGAUAAAUCUCUUAUUUGUUUGUUUGUUUGUUUUCUAGGAAUUGAACCCAGGACCUUACACUUUUGCUAGGCAAGCACUUAACUGCCAACUUCUAGCCCCACUGGUUGGUUGGUUGGUUGGUUUGUUUGUUUGUUUGUUUGUUUUUUAAAUUUUUUGAAAUAGGUUCUCACUAAAUUGACCAAACCAACCUUGAAUGUACUUUGCUGGCCUGGACUCAACUUUGUGGCCCAUUGGCUUUGCCUUGAAUUCAUAAUCCUCCUGCCUCAGUCUCCUGAGUAGUUGGGAUUACAAGCCUGGGCUUUAAGACUCAACAAGGAAUAAUGCUUUUGGGUUUUUUUCCUGAUGCCCAUACUGGCCUAUAUAACUAAGACUAGCCUUGAACUCCUAACCUUCUUGGUUGUAUAAAGCUUCCUGAGUGCUGGGAUUAAAGCACUACCAGGCCUUUCCAUCGGAGUAGUGUGUGCAUUCCUGCUUAUUUCCUGAUGCUGAAUGUUACUAUAAGGAGAUGAGAGUAGUGUAAUGAACUCCCAUGUAAAAAGGGUUUUAGUCAGGCAUGGUGGUGUGUGUAUGUCUGUACACCACUCUUGGGAGGCUGAGGCAAGACAGGACCAUGAAUUUCAAGCCUGCCUGAGCCACCUCCCAAGGCUAUGCCUUCCCCCACCUUAAAGAUUUAUUUAUGUUUCUGUGUGUUUGCCUGUGUGAAUUUAUGUACAUCCUAUGUGUGUAAGAGCCUGUGGAGGUUGGAAGAGGGUGUUGGAUUUUCUGGCAUUGGAGUUGCAGAUGAUUGUGGGUACUGGAAACCCUGUUUUUCCUCCCUCUUACAAUAGUUUUCUCAAGCUUCCUUUGUUGGUAUGUCUGGUCUAAGUUCCUGGCAGAAUUCGGUUCUCUGACAACUAUAAUCUAUCUUCUAGUACCUCUGUGGUGCCGUUUGGUUCCUCUCUUCCUCUUUUCCUUUUGUUGUACGCUAGCUCCACUCUGCACGUGUGUGUCAUGUAUUUUUGUACACACGCCUGUGUGUGCACGUGAGUGAAUCUGCAUGUGUAGGAGUAUGUAUGGAACCCAGGGGCCAAUGUUAGGCAUCUUCCUUCAAGUUCCUUGCCUGACUGUUUGAGGCAGUGUUCCCCCUGUACCUGGACCUUACCUAGCUGGCCAGCAAGCCCCGGGAAUGAAUCCUCUUGGCUCUUCUUUCCAGUGCUGACAUUACAAGCCCUGGCUCCCAUAGCUGUCUCUCACAUGGGCGCUGGGGACUGAGCUAUCUCCCCUCAGCCCUCGUUUAUGAUUUGUGUCUUUUUGGUUUUGUUUGUUUUAUACAUAGAAUUUAACUAUUGAGACUAGGCCUGCCUAGAAUUCCUGUCUCCCACCCUUAUCUCAGCCUCCCAAGUGCUGUCGUCUGGUGGGCCCACUGUUCUGGCCAUGGGCAGAACUAUUUUCCUUGAAUCUUGUGAUGCUAGUAUGCAUGGCUUUGCCUGUGUUUGCCUAAUGAUCUAUUGUUCCCCAAAAUAGAAGAACCGCCCCCUUCCUUCCCACCAGGUGGGUUGACUUGUUCCCCACUUCCCACAGGCGUACAGAGGGUGUUCAGCGAUGUUCUCUGGGUCUGGAGAAUGGGGGUGUGGCAGGGAUGUGACUCUGUCCUCUAUUCUGGGAUUCUUGUGAAUGAUUCCUGGAAUACUGCCAUGGUUCAGUCUACUGUUUUGGUAAAGUACCCCCCAUUUCCAUUGGAAGGAAUACUGAGUCUCCUGGGACUGGCAAGUUAUCCUUAGGUCAGUGAGUGAGUGUGUGUGUGUGUUGGAGUCCUUCUACUGGAGAGAGGCAGCUUUCCUUCCCAUCUCCCACAAAGAGUUUUCCCCAUAACCUUUCUAUUGGAAAAGACCAAGAAUUGGUGGCAGUUUAUCUCUCACUGGGCUUGGGGCCUUUGUGAGAAAUGGCCUAGUUUUGCUCAGCUCAUCAUUUGGGUUGUCUCAGUUGGGCCUGAGAGAGAGAGAGCAUUUUCUUUUUAGUCAUGGUCAAGGCAGUUGGGAAGUGUGUGUCAUUUAGCCAACACACUUGGAUUGUAGUGAGUCAGAGACUGUCAGGGAAGGUCAACUGGGGCAGCCAUCUUAGAACCAGUUCUAGCUAGCCCUCCUGAAAUGGAACUUCUGGCCCUUCAGGCAUCCUGUCCUCAAAGAUAAAGAUUAGGUGAGGUUGAAAUUCAGUUUGGUCACCUAGGAAGCAUUCCAUGUGACAAGGGAGGAGAAGGGUCUUAAGUACACAUCUCAGUAGCCUCAGAAAAACUUGCCUUGGCCAAGUUUGUCUUGGAUCCUGUUCGAGUAUGUCUGUCUGUAUGUCUGGUUUUUAUUUGUUUUUAUGGCAGUGCUCAAAGAAACCUGGGUAGAGAGUAGUAGCCUAGGCCAGUCCAAGUUCCUCCAAGUUCCUAUUCUAUUCUCCUUGGUGAUCAACUUCUUGACUGAGCCUCAAGGCAAGCUACCACCUAGUUACCACCACCUCAAAGAAGUGCUUUGCUUCUUUCUCUCCAUUAGGUCUGGAAGAAAAACAGAGCUCGAUAAAUACUGCAGAAAAGUGUGCCAACAUAGCUGGCAAAAUCACAUUUGUGGGUGCUUCUGAACCCAAUGAGGGGGUGACAGCCGGCAGGAUUCAGCUUAGCUUCUCAUGGGCAGGGGGCCAGUCACAGUGCUCCAGGAUUCCGAGAUGAACGUCAUAUUGUCCCCUGAGGCUUAGGUCUAGUGCUUAGAGAUAGACCUGAGGCUGUGGAAUACCUUACUUCUGACCCUGAGCCUAGUGGUCAGCGGGGGGCGGGACUCCAGCCGCUCUUUAAUGGGCAGGGCCUGGAUUGAGUAGCCACACACCGGAGCCUUGUCUCAGGCUCAGCUCUCUGGGAGGACGACAGUUGCCCCUGUACACCACUGAGGGAGGAACUCUGGUAUCCGUGGUCACCAUGAAGCGGCUGCACCCAGCCCUUCCAAGCUGCCUCCUGUUGGUGCUGUUUGGUAUAUGGAGAACUGCCCCCCAGACUCAUGCCUCGUCUGCUGGCCUGCCGCCCCUCAGUGCCACCUCCUUCCUGGAAGAUCUCAUGGACCGCUAUGGAAAGAAUGACAGCCUUACCCUGACACAGCUGAAGUCCCUGCUCGACCACCUGCAUGUGGGAGUGGGCCGGGAUAAUGUUUCCCAGCCCAAGGAAGGACCCAGGAACCUCUCCACGUGCUUUAGCUCUGGAGACCUCUUUGCGGCGCACAACUUGAGCGAGCGAUCUCAGAUCGGGGCGAGUGAGUUCCAGGAGUUCUGCCCCACCAUUCUCCAGCAGCUGGAUUCCCAGGCCUGCACCUCAGAAAACCAGAAGUCUGAGGAGAAUGAACAGACAGAGGAGGGGAAGCCAAGCGCCAUUGAAGUGUGGGGCUUUGGGUUCCUCAGUGUCUCACUGAUUAACCUGGCCUCUCUCCUGGGAGUCCUGGUCCUGCCGUGCACGGAGAAAGCGUUUUUCAGCCGUGUGCUCACUUACUUCAUCGCCCUGUCCAUUGGAACGCUGCUCUCUAACGCCCUUUUCCAGCUCAUCCCAGAGGUGCAGUAGAACAGGCGCGCGUUCACUUUUCCUGGGCUGACGCAGCCCAGUCCCCCUCGGGCUGACAUUCUCCCUCUGUGUUCUUAAGGCCCCCAACAAUUGCCACCCGAAAAAUGAAUUGACUCUUCAUAUCAGGGGUCUAAUAACUUCUCUCAUGUCUCUGUUCACUCAAGUUGGCCUCUGGCCUCUUCGGAUGAUAUCAGAUGCAAGGUUCUAAAACAUUUGUGCUCCCUUUUGGGGAAUCUCUUUUGACUCCAUUUCAGAGCCUUGAUUUAUAGGAGUCCAAAGCAAAGUUGCCGUUUGUGCAUUCUAUGUGCCAGGCAGGAGCUGACAAUUAAGGGAAAUCUUGGGGGUGCUCAUGUGUGGACUCCAGUUGAUCCUCAAUGAUGUGUGAGGCAGAGGGAGGGAGGUCACCAGGGGAACUGGCCUCAAUGGUGUGAUCCUGAUUUUAAUUAAGGCAGCUGUGGCAGCUCAUGCCUGCAGUUGCAGCACUUGAAAAUCUGAGGCAGGAGGAUCACAGCUUGGUCAACCUAAAAAAUAGGUUGUUCCCACCAAAAACAAAACAAAACAAAACAAAAAACCAAAAACAAAAAAAACCAAUCACAGUAUAAGAGAAGCUCAUUCGUUUGUGCCUUGCAUCCUGAUCUUUCCCGGAUAGGUCUGACUUCCUGGUCCACUCACCUAACUGUUUUUAAAUGUUCAAUAAUUCUGUUUUUUAAUCGCCAUCACUGAGGAGCUGCAAAAAUAAGAUCCAAGUUGAGAGUCUUCCCAGCUGUUCAGCUCAGGCACAUGUCACUGUUGGAGAAGUAACUUGUAGCUACCUAGUUGGCCACUUUGGUGCCGUGAGAUCUUUUAUAAAGGCUCACAUCAUUGGCUUUUUGGCCCUCCUCAACCAAGAGGUUAACUGAGGAAAGCUUCUCUCUGAGGUGUCACGCCUCACCCGCUCCCCCUUCAUCAUGAGGGAAGAACUGAAUUAAGGCUACCUCCCUUGUUUUUCCUGAGAGGCCUCACCUUGGGCUAUUUUUUCAGCUCCAGCCAUUGAAUUUACUAAUUUUUUUUUUAAGGAUUUGAAAUGAAGUGUUUUAUUGCCUGUUUGAUUGGGACUACUACCAUCGUCCCUGUUCCGCCCUUUGGGACACACAAGGGUCAACAACCUGGUACAGUUCUGUACUGUCUCCUCACAACCCAGAGUGUGUCACUUUGGAAAAUGCAUUUGAAAUUAAUUUUUAUAACGAGUUGGUCUUGGAACUCUGCUUUCUACCCCAGAUCUCUCAAAGCAAAUGGGAACACACAUAGCUGCUCAGAGACUGAAUCUGACAGGCAGCCUGCUCUGUGACCCUCCCGUCCUGUACGCAACUUUGUUGUUUCUUGCACAAACCGAAUGAUCCUUGGGUAGUGUCACACUCGCCACUGUGAUGUGGCUUAAAUAGGCACAAGUAGAGCCAACGACACACCAAACCUUCUCUUCCCACUCGCUCUGGUGUCCUGUUAAAAGACCUUGAGUCCUAAGUCUGCACCGGGCCCGAGCACGUGCUGAAUGCGUGCAUGCGAUGAGGCAGUAGCCUGCCCUGUUUGCCAGUCACACCAGCUGGCAGGUAUGACUCAGGGCACCUUGGGAGCAGGGGCAGUAGUCACAGGGUUCCGAGACCACCUCAAAUUCCUCCUCAUACCUCCUGCACUGAUUGAAGGAAAUUGCAUCAGACCCAAAUCACUAACAAAUCUCCUAUUUCUCUCUCUCUCUUUCUCUCUCUCUCUCUCUCCCUCCCUCUCUCUCUCUCUCUCUCCAUCUCUGGUCUUUCUUUUUGGGUUCCUUUGUUCAUACCCACAAUUCUCCUGUCCACCUCCUUCCCGUCCUGGUGGUUGCCUUGCUCCCUGUCCUGGGUGGGCUGGCAGUAUGGGGGUACGGUUUCCUCUGCGUUACCGUCAUCUCCCUCUGCUCCCUCAUGGGGGCCAGCGUGGUGCCCUUCAUGAAGAAGACUUUUUACAAGAGGCUCCUGCUCUACUUCAUAGCCUUGGCGAUUGGAACCCUCUACUCCAACGCCCUCUUCCAGCUCAUCCCAGAGGCUUUUGGCUUCAACCCUCAGGACAAUUACGUCUCCAAGUCUGCAGUGGUGUUUGGGGGUUUCUACCUUUUCUUUUUCACAGAAAAGAUCCUGAAGAUGCUCUUGAAGCAGAAAAACGAGCACCAUCACGGGCAUAACCAUUUUACCUCCGAGACACUUCCUUCCAAGAAGGACCAGGAGGAGGGUGUGACCGAGAAGCUACAGAACGGGGACCUGGAUCACAUGAUCCCUCAGCACUGCAACAGCGAGCUGGAUGGCAAGGCGCCUGGCACGGACGAGAAGGUCAUUGUCAACUCCAUGUCUGUGCAGGACCUGCAGGCAUCCCAGAGUGCUUGCUACUGGCUCAAGGGGGUCCGCUACUCUGAUAUCGGGACCUUGGCCUGGAUGAUCACCCUGAGCGAUGGGCUCCACAAUUUCAUCGAUGGCCUGGCUAUUGGUGCCUCCUUCACUGUGUCUGUCUUCCAAGGCAUCAGCACGUCAGUGGCCAUUCUCUGUGAGGAAUUCCCUCAUGAGCUGGGAGACUUCGUCAUCCUGCUCAAUGCUGGCAUGAGCAUCCAGCAGGCUCUCUUCUUCAACUUCCUCUCUGCCUGCUGCUGCUAUUUGGGUCUGGCCUUUGGCAUCCUGGCUGGCAGCCACUUCUCUGCAAACUGGAUUUUUGCACUGGCUGGAGGAAUGUUCUUGUAUAUUGCCCUAGCCGAUAUGUUCCCUGAGAUGAAUGAAGUCUGCCAGGAGGAUGAGAAGAACGACAGCUUUCUGGUCCCCUUUGUCAUCCAGAAUCUUGGCCUCCUAACCGGCUUCUCCAUUAUGCUGGUCCUCACAAUGUAUUCAGGGCAGAUUCAGAUCGGGUAGGACCCUGCCAUUGGGGAGCCAGUGGCAUUGGACAUCGGGCUCUGGGCCCCCAUCUGGUCCCCGGCCCGAGGACUCAGCAUCCACGAAGCAUCAUGGAAAAGGCAGCUCUUUAAAAACUGGCACAGACUUGUCUGCCUGCAUUCAGAUGUCAUCUGUUUCAAAUGCUCUGUCCUAGGAAGAAGCUGCCCUGGGAAUCUCUAGGUAGUGCCUCGAACCGUUGUCUCCCGACCCUUUCCACUGAUGAUUCUGGAGCUGAAACGCCACAUGUAGGACACGCCUCCCUUUUCCUUCUGGCCACCCUCCUCCCUUUCUCUUGGAAGAAGCACUGAGAGAUGUGGAAUCUUUUACAAUGUAAAAAUGAAGCCAGUGGUCAUGGUUUGGUUAGAAGUAUCAGUGUGGCUUCCAGCUUUGGGGCCUGUGAUUCUAAAUGUGUGUACCCAGGAUUUCAGGUCGGUCCAUUUUGGCAUGGGUUCUCAUGUUUUUACAGAGAAGAGGGCAGAAGACAAGACUCCUGUGUUUUUCAGUCUGUUAACUGUUCUCUGAAAAGGCUGACUUUCCGAUGAGUAUGGCAGGCAGAGGGGCAGGGGAUUGCCUGAGUGAGGAGGGGGUAGAACUAGUGAUGGAUGUCCUGUCUCCUUGGUGCUCGGUUUCCACCAGGAUGCUGCGUGCAGGUUGCUUGCAGCAUCUGGAGUCACAUAAUCAUCCAGGCGAGCCACUGUGGGCAUUCUCUGGCGUGGCAAGAGGUCUGCUAAAUCAGUUGUUUUUGCCCUGAUCCUCACGCCUUCCUAUUGCUUUCUUUUUCUAGUUAACUUUGUAGAUGCCUCACGGGGAGCACGGUCAGAGCACAUUUAAAGGUUUUUGCAUAGGAGGGAAACUGCACAAAUCAGUCUCCCCUGGUCAAGACCUCUGCCAGUAGAACCUGACUCAUAGAAUCAGGACACAGUUGUUUAUGCCUUUUUGUGACCAAGGUGAUUGGGAAUGGAGUCAUUGCAGGCCAGACUUAGGACUUGCUAAUUGCAGAAAUAAUAGUUGAAUACCAUGGGACUCUGGACCUUGAGGUCAAUUCUUGAGGUCAGGACUGCAGACGUCAUUGCUGCCAAUGGGUUUUAAAGGACACCAUCUAGCUACCACUUCCUCCCCGGUCCCAGACAACAAGAUUGAAUACUGAAUUGAAUCGAGUGUAAAUUGCUUUCAUUUGGUCCAGGAAAACAAAACAAAACAAAACCAGAUGCUUGACAUUUCACACCACAAGCCAGCCUCAGGCGCUGUGCAGCCCCCUCCUCAGAACUCUGGCUUCCAGGGGAGCUAAUCUCCAGGUUCACUAAGUGAAUUAAUUUAUUAUUAUCAUAUUGAUACAUGGAUUCCUUAGCCACUUUGGAGAGCCAGUCUCUCCCGAAGCCUUUCUUAGUGGUGCCCACAGUCACAGUCCAGGAGCCAUUGUUCGCAUGACUUACAGUACUGAAUCAUUGCCAAUCCCUGAGUCUUUCUGUUCUUACCACAGGAAAACUGUCCAUUAAAAGCAGUGUGCAUAUAUAUAUAUAUAUAUAUAUAUAUAUAUAUAUAUAUAUAUAUACAUAUAUAUAUAUGCACUCACAUGUAUUCAUAUAUAUAUAUAUAUAUAUAUAUAUAUAUAUAUAUACACACACACACACACACACACAUGUAUGUGUGUGUGUGUGUGUGUGUGUGUUCAUUCUUGUUCUUCUUGGGGAAACAUGCUUGAAACCAGGAAUCCUGAAAUCCUGAGAACACAACUGGGGAAACAGAAAUUUGCUCAGUUUCUCUCCCUGCUCUUGCCUCUUGCCUUUGAGACAAGGCAGCAGGAAGAGGAAAGUUCAGCAAUCAAGGUACUAGAUUGGAUGUCAGGACCAGGUCCUGGUAGGCUUAGGGUCCAGUUUUACCAAAGAACCAGUUCCUUCAAUGUUAGAAGCUAAGCUUUAUGUUACCGUCAUGGUUGUUGGUGUUUGAAGGCGAGUCUCAUCUCUCCUGUUCUAUUUCUCCUACAAAUGCUUUAGGAGGUAGCAGAAAUUGACACUCAAAGUGUAAGACUGAGCAGGCUGUGUGACUCGUACCUGUAAUCUCAGCCCCUAGGGAGGCAGAGUCAGCAGGCUCAAGUUUUAUACCAGCCUGGGCUUCAUAGUGAAUAGCAGGCCAGUCUGGGCUACAUAGCAAGCUCCUGUGUCAGCAAGACAAAAUGAAGAUAAAAAACCGUAAAAUUUAAGAUUGUAGGUCUGAGGGUGUGGCUCAGUGGUAGCACGUUUUUUGUCCAGUGUGUAUGUGACACCCUGAAUGUCAUUCCCAGCACCACCACAGCCCCCCCCCCAAAGGUUGAAAGAUUCCACUUUACCUAGCUCAUGCAUUAUAUUUUUAACUUUAGGAGUUCCCCUAGCUCCUGUCCUUUAAAUGCCCUUAUGCUGGAAUCGGAUGGUGGCUUGGUUUGUUUAAAAGAGCUUAAAAAGAGUCUUAAACAUGAGAUAGACUGUCUGCCAUGCACCCUUCCUGUGAACUCAAGAACUUUGAGGAAAUCCUGGGGCUUCUUCAGGGCGGAGGGCUGGCAUCAGUCAGACACAGGUGGGGCGUGGGAGCCAACUGAUAAUCCAUUGCUAUUGGCAACAGAUUCGCCCCAUGAGUUGAAAAUGUGGCCGUUGACCUUCUUUUGACUUUUAAAUGUUGAACUUGCUGUUUUAAGCAUCUGUACAUAUAAGAGGCUGAAGGGGCUACGGGCUGCUUAGCGGACACUUCUCCCCUGGCCUUACUGCCCAUAGCUUCUGUUCCCUGUUAACACUAGCAAGGAAAGUGCUUGUCACACAGAGGAGCCCUCAGCCAGGCCUUGGAUUCUGUCAUUGGAGGACCUCAUUUCUGACCUCACCUUCAGUCCUCCAUCCCCGCCCUCCAAUACUUAGGGUCACCAGGGGGAGCACUCUCCGGUACCCUUCACCUGGGUUUUAAAUGGCUUCUCUCUGUCUGGAUCACCUAGGAUCCAGUUUUAGUGAACCCUCUUCCAAAGAGAUACAGAUAAGCUGGAUGAUUUUUUGCAUAAAGAAAGAGGAUUUUACUCAUAGUUCCCUUUACAGUUCCAUCACAGUAUUUUUUUUAAAUAACUCAGGUGUUAUGAGAAUUAGAAAAUAAAAUAAUUUAUGUCAUGUGAACUGUAAAUGUUUUAUUUGUAAGAUUCUAUAAAUAAAGCUAUAUUCUGUAA